CAGUCUUUGGCCGGCCUUCAAUCGCGCAGCUUAGUUCCCAUUCGGUGUGCGGGCAAACGCUUCGCCUCGGUCUUCAAUUUCUUAGCUCUCUUCCGUUCGUUCGUUUCUUCUGCGGAAUUGCGAAAUUGCGAAUUAAUCGCCAGCAUUUCUUUUGCGUCAGCUCUGCACUUUAAAAAUUUGACAAACACGUGUUGUGGCCCAUAAUUGCGGCGCAGCGGCCAGCAUUUGUUCCUAUUGUUUUGUCUGUUGACCAAAGCGCGCUCGCUGAGCUUUUGGUCCGACCGCGUUCGCGUCCAGAGUACAAGGUACACGUCAUCGGCGACGCGCUGCUGAGCGGCAAAACGUCACGAGAUACGCACUCGAAGAAAGCAAAUAGAAAUAGAAACCCUCAGUGAUUCACGGGCUGCCGGAGCGGCCAGUCGAGUUAAGCGGAACAGAACAGCAGAACGACAGCCAUAGCUGAGAAUGGGCUACGAUGAGGUUAUCGUGCAGCUGGGCGAUUUCGGGCGGUAUCAGAUGAUCAUCUAUACGCUGAUCUGUCUGACAUCCAUACCGGUUGCCUUUCAUAAGCUCGCCGGCGUUUUUCUGCUCGCCAAGCCGGAUUUCCGUUGUGCCCUGCCCACGGAUCUGGACGAAUCGGCCAGCUAUGAGCUGCCCGCGCAGCUAAAGGAGCUCGCCUAUCCGGCCACGGACAACUGCGCCUACUACGAGCUGGCAUAUGCCAACGGUAGCUACUACAGGACCAGCAAUGACACGCACAGCUGCAGUCGCUACAUCUAUGACCAGUCCAGGUACCAGAACAGCGCCGUCACCGAGUUCGAUCUGGUCUGUGAUCGCGGCUUCCUGGCGGCCACCAGCGACUCGAUGUUCAUGCUGGGCGUCCUGCUGGGCAGCAUCAUCUUUGGCCAGCUGAGCGACAAGUACGGACGCAAGCCCAUCUUCUUUGCCUCGCUGGUCAUUCAGGUGAUCUUCGGUGUGGUGGCGGGCGUGGCGCCAGAAUACUUCAGCUACACCCUGGCGCGCAUCGUUGUGGGCUCCACCACGUCCGGCGUGUUCCUGGUGGCCUAUGUGAUAGCCAUGGAAAUGGUCGGUCCCGCCAAGCGUCUGUACGCUGGCAUCUUUGUGAUGAUGUUCUUCUCCAUAGGCUACAUGCUGACGGCCGCAUUCGCCUACUUCAUCCACGAUUGGCGCUGGCUGCAGAUUGCGCUGACGCUGCCCGGGCUGCUGUUCAUGUGCUACUAUUGGAUUAUACCCGAGUCUGUGCGCUGGCUGCUGUCUAAGGGACGCAAGGCUGAUGCCAUCCAAGUCAUACAGAAGGCGGCGCGUUUCAAUCGUGUGGACAUAACGACCGAUGCGUUAGAGGCGUUGCUAGAUGAAGGCGCCAGCUGCAAAGAGGAGCAGAAGCUGGGCCAGGAUGAGACUGAUGAUGACUGUGAGGAGGCAAGGCCACCCUCUGUAUGGGAUCUGCUGCACUAUCCGAAUCUGCGACGCAAGACGCUGGUCAUCUUCUUCGAUUGGCUGGUCUGCACCGGCGUCUACUAUGGUCUCUCCUGGAGCACCAACAACCUGGGCGGCAAUGUGCUGCUCAACUUUGUGAUCUCCGGCGCCGUCGAAAUACCUGCCUACUGUUUUUUGCUCUUGACGCUCAACAGAUGGGGUCGUCGCUCGAUACUCUGCGGCUGCAUGCUGGUUGCCGGCGUCAGCCUACUGCUGACCAUCAUUGUGCCGCAGGAUAUGCACUGGCUGACUGUGACGUGCGCCAUGGUGGGCAAGCUGGCCAUAACCGGCUCCUAUGGCACCAUCUAUCUCUUCUCCAGCGAACAGUUCCCCACGGUGGUGCGCACCGUGGGCAUGGGUGCUGCCUCCAUGGUCUCGCGCUUGACGGGCAUGCUGGCACCCUAUCUGAAUGCCUUGGCCAUCCUCUGGCCGCCACUGCCGCUCGUAAUCUAUGGUGCCCUCUCGCUGGCCGCCGGCUGUCUGUCGCUGCUGCUGCCCGAGACGCACAACAGGCCCACGUUGGAGACAAUUGCCGACGGCGAGCGAUUCGGCAAGAAGCAGCCGGCGGAUGCGUAUCUGGAGACGGGCAAAGAGCUGCGCGAAACGCACGAGACGCAGCCGCUCAACUCUGUCCAGGCCAAUGGCAAUGGUCACAAAUUCUAGGAAAAGGCAAACGAACGGAAAAACAAAAACAAACAAUAAA